AUGUCCAACUUUGAGGCGGGCGUGACAGACCCGCUGCUGCGCGCUAACAGUGCCGGCAGCGCUGCGGCGCUGCGCAGCAACGGCGGCGGCAAGAGCUUCGGGGCUAACGACCCUCAACUCCUUGCGCCAACGCCAGUGCACGCGUCGCUGUCUCGCAGCUCAUCAACGUCGAGUACGCGAUCGUACCUGCGGCUAUUUAUCGACCGCGUUGUCACCCCGACGCAGCACUUGCUCCGCCCGACAUUUCCCGGCCUCGCUCCGACAUACCAUGGCGCACCGCACCGACCGCUCACGCGCUGGGAGAAGGCGCGGCUGUUUGUGAACCAGACGUUCUCGCUCGUCAUCUCGACUGCCUUCCUUCUCGGCGUAGUCGUGUAUGCCCUUAUUGUCGAGGCAUAUCAGUUUGGUCCGAAGGUCGUGCGCCGCGUCCUCGGAAUAGACAAGGACAAGAUAUACGAAUGGGACGACCACAAGCACUGGAGGAAGGAGAAGGUCACGAAAGACCCGAAGGACUAUGCGCGCAACUGCGGCAUGGAGAUCGAGGAGCAGACUAUCGUGACCGACGAUGGGUUCUACCUUCGCGUUCACCGCGUGACCGACCCCACGAUAGACGCGCGGACUGUCGCGCCUGGGCGUGGUUUCCCCGUCCUUAUCCUGCACGGCCUGUUCCAAAGCUCUGGCUCGUUCAUCACGUCGGAAGACCGCUCGCUUGCCUUCUGGCUCGCACGCAAGGGCUACCAGGUGUACCUGGGCAACACGCGCGGCGUGUUCGACAUGGGCCACCGGAGUUAUGCACGGACGGAUCCGCGAUUCUGGGAUUGGACGAUCAGGGACCUCGCCAUGUACGACCUUCCGGCAAUGGUGGACCACGUGCGCGACGAAACGGGAUACGACAAGAUUGCGUUCAUGGGCCACUCGCAGGGCAACGGACUCACGUUCAUCUCGCUGUCGCUCGGCAUGUGCCCCGAUCUGGGCCAGAAGAUGAGCGUGUUCAUCGCUCUGGCGCCAGCGGUGUACGCCGGCCCGCUCACGACUGGUUUCCCGUUCACGACGCUGAACCGAAUCGAGUGGGACACCUGGCGGCGGUUAUUCGGCGUGCUCGACUUCAUUCCGCUCAUGAAGAUUGCGUACGACUACUGUCCCGCGCAGAUCUUCUCGACUGUUGGCUACAUCAUGUUCGCAUUCCUGUUCAGUUGGACCGACGCAAACUGGCUCAAGCGCCGCAAGACCAAGAUGUUCCGCUUCACACCGACGCAGGUCUCAAGUGCAAGCAUCUUCUGGUGGUGCGGCAAGGGUGGCUUCGCCGACCGCAAGUGCACGCUUGACGACAGCCUCGAGCGCUGGUACGAUGCGCGCUUCCCUCCACUGUCGAUCUACUACGGCGGUUGCGACUAUCUCGUUCUGACCGAGCCGCUGCUCGAGCGUCUCGAGCAGAAGGAGAAGGAUGUGCGUGUUGUCAAGGUCACCAAGCUCGACAAGAGCGAGCACUGCGACUUUUACUGGGCCGCCGAGGCGGUCGAGUGGGGGUACGAGAGUUUUGUCGGUGAGUACAAACGUGUUCUGUCCGCCUGGCCUGCUCUCUCCGAGCGCUCCUGA